GGGAAACUGGACUCCGGCGCCGAAUCGCGCAUCUGCGCAGUUGGUGUUUAUUGUGAUUGUCGGGUCGCAGCCCCGGAUGUUGUGGCUGCCGGGCGCGGAUGGCGGAGGCAGUAGGGGUGGCCGCAGCCCCAGGCCCAGCUUCGGGGCCGACGUUCAGGAGCUCCCGCGCUAUGUCAGGCUCCUGGGAGCGGGACCAGCAAGUUGAGGCGGCGCAACGGGUCCUCGUGGAGGUGCUGGGGCCUUACGAGCCUCUGCUGAGCCGGGUGCAGGCAGCCCUGGUGUGGGAGCGGCCGGCCAAGAGCGCCCUGUGGUGCCUGGGGCUGAACGCGGCAUUCUGGUUCUUUGCACUGACAUCCCUUCGCCUUGUGUUUUUACUUGCAUUCAACUUGAUGAUCAUUGUGUGUAUAGAUCAAUGGAAGAACAAAAUCUGGCCUGAAAUAAAAGUGCCAAGACCCGACGCAUUAGACAAUGAGAGCUGGGGCUUUGUGCACCCUCGGUUGCUCAGCGUGCCCGAGCUCUGCCACCAUGUAGCUGAAGUCUGGGUUAGUGGGACCAUUUUCAUAAGGAAUCUUUUGCUUUUCAAAAAGCAAAGCCCAGGCAAGUUCUGCUUGCUGAGUUGUGGGAUACUGACCUUUUUGGCUGUCUUGGGCCGCUACAUCCCUGGGCUCCUGCUGUCCUACUUCAUACUUGUCACUGUCAUGAUGUGGCCCCUUGCUGUGUACCACCGGCUGUGGGAUCGAGCAUAUGUACGGCUCAAGCCAGCUCUGCAGCGGCUGGACUUCAGUGUCCGUGGCUACAUGAUGUCCAAGCAGAGAGAGAGACAAUUGCGCCGCAGAGCUCUACACUCAGAACAUACCAGGGACAACCACAGUGACAGUGAAGAGGAGCUUGCUGCCUUCUGUCCUCAGCUGGAUGAUUCUGCUGUUGCCAGGGAAUUGGCCAUCACAGACUCCGAGCACUCAGAUGCUGAGGUCUCCUGUACAGACAAUGGCACAUUCAAUCUUUCACGGGGCCAAACACCUCUAACAGAAGGAUCUGAAGACCUAGAUGGUCACAGUGACCCAGAGGAAUCCUUUGCCAGAGACCUUCCAGACUUCCCUUCCAUUAAUGUGGAUCCUGCUGGCCUGGAUGAUGAGGAUGAUACUAGCAUUGGGAUGCCCAGCUUGAUGUACCGUUCUCCACCAGGAGCUGAGGAGCCCCAGGCGCCCCCUGCUAGCCAGGCUGAGGCUGCACUGCCGGAGCUCCUGCUUGGUGCGCUGCCCACCGGAUCCAACCUCACCAGCAACCUUGCCAGCUUGGUCUCCCAAGGCAUGAUCCAGCUGGCCUUGUCAGGGGCUUCCCAGCCAGGCCCUUCUGGCCCACCUCCUCGGAGAGCAACAAGAGGCUUCCUCCGGGCCCCCAGUUCAGACCUGGACACUGAUGCAGAGGGGGAUGACUUUGAACUUCUGGACCAGUCAGAGCUGAAUCAGCUGGACCCUGCCAGUUCCAAGAGCCACUGAGGCAGAGACUCCUUUUGGGGAUCACUGAGGUUUAAGUUUUUUUUCUCCCUGUCUCACUUAAGGUGAAGGGGCAAGGGAAGAACCCAGGUCCCAUCCCCUGAAUUAUGUUUGUGUGCUUGGUGGCCUGGCUGAUGCUCAGAAGCCUGCUGAGAGGAUACUCCCUCCCCUGCUGCCAGCUGGAUACCCAUUUCUGAGUUCAGUCACUGCAGGGAGAGUAUGCUCCCACAAGGGAGGCUUCUGUCCAACAGGAUGGUACUUCUGGGGAACAAAGUAGUCAGGGGUACUGGUUCCCCUUUGAAGGGGUGCUGCUGUUUGCUCUAGGUAUGGGUGCUUGGGGGUCCUCAGUGGCAAAAGAGCCCUUCCCUUCCUUCACCUCCGCAGAGCUUCAAGUCAGGCAGCAGCUGGAAGAGUUACAUUGUCAUCAUCCUCUUUUGCUAAGCCAUGAUUUGUCUUUUUUCUAAGCAAGCUUGACCUUUGGCUCUGCAGAGCAGGCCUGCUCCUUCUGCCCCCAGCCCAUCAUUUCUUGAGGCCUAACCCUCAGUGCUCCAAAAUACCGCUUAUGAAAUUUAAGAAAUGUGAAUAUGAUGUUAUGAUGUGGGGUAAGUCUCUUUGACAUUACUGUGGGCCACGGGGUCAGCUGGCUGGGAGGGUGAGUGCCUCUGUAUCUCAUGGUCUCAUGGAAUCUUCUGGAGCUGCCUGGUUAUCUUUGGUGCUGUUAACCCCUGGCUCCAUUUGACUGUCAGCCUGAGCAGUGAGCAAUAGCAAUACCAUAACAUACCCAUUUCUAUGUUCCUGUUUCUUCCCCUGCUUCUCCUUUGGAGAAGCAAUAAUUCCAUGGGGGAUGUCAGAGUAGCACUUUACAAAUGGCUCAGUGGCAUUCAUCCCAGGAGCCACCAGCUCUUCUUGCACCAGCUAUUCUUACUCUCUGUUAAUCUCCUUUAAUCGUUUAUUUUCAACUGCUUCUCAAUUUGGCAGAGCCUAGUUAAGCAUAAGCCCAGUUAGCAAGAAUGUGUCUGAUCAGCAGAGAGCCCUCUAAGGGGUCUCUCCUCCACUGCCCCUAGUAAAAUCAUGUGAGCCCCAAACUAAAAACGGUAAUUAGUUCUAAACCUGUGCUAGUCUGUAGCCUCUGUCUGCCAUCCCCAGGCAGAGCUCAAGCCAAACUCAUCUGUCCUCUUGCCCUCUGCGUUAACCCUUGCUGAUCCUCAGGGACCGCUCCCCCAAUACUUCCAUACCUGGGUGAGGGAUGUAGACAGAGCCCAUUUCCAUGUGCUGCAGGUGGACUGUGCUAACACGUUUGCUCUUGGCUGACGGAUAAGGUAGAGCCAGGGAGUGAAAAUUGUGAAUGGUGAGGAGGGGGAAGAGCUAUUCCGUUGUCCCUAACCUUUGUGUGAAGGUUAGAGUAACAGCAUCCCCCCCACUUAAGGGUUCUCAGAUGGACUCUGGACACCUCUCUUCUCUGAGCCUAGAUGUCACGAGCAGGUGAACUCUGAUGUGGAGAAAGAAACAGGAGAUUAAGGAAAGGAGUGGGAUUUUGUGUGUUUGCCUGAGUGUGUGUAGCUUCAUGCCUUGAGAGUUGACAAAUGGGAGGGAAGGAAGGAGAGCAAAAUCUUAGUAAGGUGUUUCUUGUACCUGGGGGAUCCUGCUCUGAAUCUCCUUAGUCCUCCACUGUGAA